UCGUAGACAGACAGACUGAGGCCGUCCUGCAGCUUCAUCUGACACUAACAGAAAGUUCCAGUAAAACCUCAGCUGAACAAAGUUCUUCGGUUCUUCUAUUAACUUCAAAAUGGAGCCAUUACUGUUUACAAAAGCAGGGAGGUGUGUUUCUGGGGGGGGCUUCCUCCCGCCAUGGCCCAGUUCUGUUUUGGCUGAACCGCGUUGCUCUGGAUCUCACAAACAGGACAUGCCUGUGCUCUGACCGUUCAGAGUUUGGACCGGCUCACUCCUCCAUCAUCACGUAGACCCCCCAGUUUAGUAACGCCGUCAUCCCACUGCUGACUGUUCCCAUAGUGGUGGGGCCGCAGAGCGCUGCACCAGGGGAGGGUUACUUUUCUGAAAAAGUGCCUCGUAUGAAGUGGUCCAUAUCUGAGAUCCAGCAGUUUCCGACAGCUCCGGCUAUCAGCACGAGGUGUCAGGAAUGCCAAACGCCUGAUGUCAGAUUCCUGGCAUGGCUGAGUGAGUCCGGCUUCAGUAUAAAGAAGAGGCGGACAUCAGUGUGAGCUCAGCAUCCCCACAGACAGCAGGCACAGCGGAGCAUCCCUGAUCGAUCCAUCCAUCCAUCAUCCAUCCAUCCAGCCUCAGACAUGAGCCGCUGCAGCUCGCACAGAAGCGCACACGUCUUCUUCAUCCCUUUUUGGGGGCUACUCUUCAUCCUGAACGUUCAGCGGUCCACAUCGGUCCCCGUUGGCGUGGGCCUGACCAACGCAGACGUGAACGCUCUGAAGGACCUCCUCCACAGACUGCAGGAGUCUGUCCCGGAGCAGAGCUCGCUUGAUGAGGAGGGAGCUGCAGAGAGGGACGCUCUGAACCAGCUGAGCACAGAGGAGGACGGGGAGGAGGAGCCAGCACUGAGCAGGAUGGAGGAAGAGGUGAUCAGGGAGCUCCUGUCAUCCAAAAACCUGAAGAGCCUCCGCUCGGGGGACUCGUCCCGGCGGUCGUCCGGCUGCUUCGGCCGGCGGAUGGACCGGAUAGGCUCCAUGAGCUCUCUGGGCUGUAACACUGUGGGCAGAUACAAUCCAAAGUGAAGAUGAAGUCUUACCGUCUGAACCUGGAACCCCGCCUUUCUACCAAAAUCUGUUUUUAUUCAACACUAUUUAUUGACUAAUAUUUAUUGUCUUUAAAGUAUUCUUGUAGAUGUGCUGUUCUUUAUUUAAUGCUGAAUAUGUUAAUAAAUGUUUACAAAUGCUCAUCCAUGAAAA